AUGGGGUGGGAAAAUACGUUCAAAAUUGUAGUCAAUGGAAUGGACACUGUUGGAAAGUCUUGUCUUUUGCAUCGUUAUGCAAACCAAUAUUUUCCCGAUCCACAACUUCCUGCUGUUUUUGAUGAUGAUAUAAGGCAGAUGACUUAUAAGGACAUGACUAUCAAACAAGUAUUGAAAGAAACUUAUGGCAACGAGGGUUACCCUCUUAUCCGUCCACUGUGUUAUUUAAAUACUACAUGUUUUGUUCUAUGUUUUUCUCUGGUAGAUCAAACAUCUUUUGAUGAAAUAGAAACCAUCUGGAUACCAGAAAUUAAAAAGAAUAACCAGACCACUCCAAUAAUACUUGUGGGCACCAAAAGUGACUUAAGAGACACAAAAAUGGUAAAUAGAGACAACAAAUCAAUUCAAACAGAAAAUGGAAUUAGACUGGCAACAGAGAUCGGAGCAAUGAAAUAUAUUGAAUGCUCAGCACUUACAAAUUACAACAUUGACCUGGUCUUCGAAGAAGCUAAAAAAGAAAGUGCUAUAUUUAUUGGAAUCAAUCCUCAAAUAACAAAGUGCAUUGUCUGUUAA